AUGGGGAGGUCCGCAGGUGAUGACAAUGACGAUGACGAUGACAAUGAAGGAGCUAGUCACACAACGGGAGACAGGUGGUGAGACGCCAUAGCUUGUUGUAUGUUAGCCGCCAGCAAGCGGCUACUGGGCCUGUUUAAGUGACAAUUUAAAAUGCUUAGACAUAUCGUUUAAAGAUUAAACUCAAUGUACAAAAGUUACGAGAAAAAUUGAAUGUUCAACUUGAUAAGCUGCCUUUAAAACACUUAGUUAAAAUAUAUUAAUUGUUUAAAACAUUGAUUAAUUAACUAAAAAUGUUAAAAUGUGUUUAAAUUAAUGCCAACAUUUAAAAUUUUAAUUAUUGAAUUAUUAAAGUGACUUAUUCUUGGGUUUAUUUAAACUGUUAAUAACUAAUUGGUGGUUUAAACAUUUUUUUAGCAUGUUGCUAAUUGUUGUUUCUGUCUUGAAGGGUUACAACCUGAUGAAAAGAACAACCAAUCAACAACAAAGAACCAAAUGAAAAGUUGGAAAAUGAAGAAGUUGAUUGAGUUGAAAAUCGAGUUGUCAUGGGUCAUUUGGAACUGAAAACUGUGGGGACUUGACAGUUGUAAACCACAGCAAGCAGCUUGGAGAUCAAGAGCUGUGGACCAAAAAAGGAACCUCAAAAGGAAAAAAGAAGAAAAAAAUGGCUGAAGAAGUCUUGGGGAAGACGGUCAAGGAACUCAAGAAAGAGAGGACCACUGCAAAGAGCAGCUUCACAAGACAGGCCAACUUCAUCUUAAGAGGAGGGAACAAUAUGUUGCAAGAUGAACUGAGUUCACAAAAUUAAACUACUGAUUCAGAAAGUUGCUGGACGCAAAUGAAGAUUACAGAAUCGGACUGGAGGCUGACUUAAAGGAUGCAGAACUAGAAGCAAGUCUCAAUGAGGCUGACCUUGAAAAUUCAAUCAAAGAAUCUGAAACAAAGCAGGAGGAAUUGAGAGACUUUGUUGAAAAUAUUCUGUGGUCAAAGUAUGAACUGAGAAGUGAACUCGAAACAGCAAUCCUUGAAGCAGAAAAAACAAUUGACCAAGCGAACAAUUUUCCUGUGGCAAGUGCCAAUUUCAAGGGCUACGAAGUGCUCCCCACUCUAAUGGAAAAGAGGGUGAAUAAAGUCAUCUCAGCUAUGCCCAUGUGGGAAAAAUGGACACCAGAGGACUUAAAGGAUCAAAUGAAUGGGGGGAUCAAGGACAUCAACACAUCCCACUGUAGGCUGGAAAGCAGGAAGUUUGAAUUUUCAAAGGCACGGCAUGCUGAACAAGGCACAGGAGUGGCUUCUCCCCAGCAACCUGUAACUCCACCAAUUAUUAAAAUAAAGCCAACCUCUCUACCCAUCUUCAACGGCAGCAAAAGAGACUAUCAUAGAUGGAAGAAAGACUGGGAGAGCCUGCAAAGGCAAGGAGAGCCAUCUGGAUCGCCUGAAGUGAGGAAAAUCCAACUCCUGGAGAGUGUCGAUGACAAAAUCUUUAAAGAUCUGAGACUUUCAACCUAUACCACAGCGAAUUAAAUUUUCGGAGUGUUGGAUAACCGGUUUGGCAACAACCCAACUAUCACACUGGAGAAGAUGCCACCUGUGAAAGGGAACCAACCAAGAAAGGUCAUCGACCUCAUUCAGUCUGUGGAGAAGGCCCUGACAGACCUGACCGAGUUGGGAAAUUCUGGAGCCAUAAAAAACCCACUAGUGAUCAAAUCAAUCGAGAGCAAGUUGCCGGAGUUCAUAAAAAGAGACUGGGUGAUGUUCAUGGUGGAGCCAAAGAACAAUGUCAAGUCAGAUAACCACUUUGACAUGCUCCUUACCUUUCUCAAGAACCAAGAAGACGUUCUUGAGAGACUUGAACAGCUCAAAGUUGUUGACAAGAUGGAGAAGCAUGACCGUUCUGACAAAUAUGGGGAAAAGAUUGGCUUAACAAGAACCACUAAGGAAGAGCUUGAAGGAUGUGGUGUCUGCGGAGAUAGUGGGCACAAGAACAAGAUUUUCUUCUGUCGGAAGUUCAAAAGACUGUCAUUGCCUGAAAAGAGAGCUGCAUUGGAACAGACUGGAGCUGCAUUGGAAAAGACUGGAGCAUGCAGUAAAUGCCUUGUGUGCCAUGAUGAUGCUGAAGACUGCAAAGAAACCUUCCUAUGCAGGAACGCUGACCGUAAGAGAAGAGGCAGUACUCCAGAUCACCAUUAUCUUCUCUGCCCAAAAGGAGGAAUCGGAAGAAGUGAGGCGAGAAAAAGUGGAAAGGACAUCAAAGGCUGAAGUAAACUGACAGAGGAACAAGAACAGUUCUUGUUUGAACUUUCCCCUGAAAUGUCAGAGCGAUGCAGGAAGGCUUUUACCAACAAAACAUCAAUGGCUUUUGAUACUUUAGGCCAGUCUGAGCUGCUGAUGGACAAUGGCCUCUCAGAGCUUCCAGUCAUCAUGAUGUUGCUGCACGUCACUGCCAAUGCUGGUCAGAAAAUUGGUACAUUAAUUGACUUGGCAUCUGACACCAACUACAUAACCCACAAGGCUGCUGGAAGAUUGAGGCUAAUGAGUGAGACUAUUACCUUUGUCGUGCAUGGAGUUGGAGGGAUGACAAUGGAGGUGAAGACAAAAAGAUACCUCCUCAAAGUCUGAGUCAAGAUUCUGAAAAGUACUGAAAGAGGCCAUGAACUCAUCUGCCAUGGCUUAGAUGAAAUUGCCAAAGUACAUCAAGUCAUCGAACCUGAAAAACUGCAUAACUUCUUUCCAGAGGUUAAGCUCGAAGAGCUGAAAAGGCCAAAGGAGGUUGAGCUCCUCAUAAGCCACAGAGAGGGAAGACUGGCUCCCCAGAGAGUAAAAGUCAUUGGAGACCUCGUCCUAUGGGAAGGUCCACUAGGCAAGACAGUUGGAGGAGCUCACCCAGACCUGGUGGAAGAUGUGGAGCUAGCAGCCUAUGAGUCCAGGACACACUUUGUCCGCUCCAUGAGAACAGCAGCAGUCAAAUACCAAGGACUCACAAGUCCAACAACUGAGACAGUCGGGCUGGAUGCAGCCCAGAAUAAAUUCACAGCUACCAGUCACUGAGUUCCUUAAGUGGUGGCACUGGGACAGCAUCGGAGCUGCAUGUGAGCCAAGAUGUGGAGGAUGCAGAUGUGGAAACUGUCCACCAGGAGGAAAGGAAAUGACUCUGGCUGAGGAGAGGGAAUAUGAGAUCAUUAAGGGAGGCCUCACCUACAAGGAGGAGGAUGCUCACACUCCAACUCCACACUGGGAUGCAAAGUAUCCUUAGGUUGAAGAUCCUGCCUCUCUCCCCAACAACAGAGGUGCUGUCCAGGCUUGCUUCUUAAGGAUGGAAAAGCAACUGAGCAGAGAACCAGACUGGAAAGCUGCCUAUGCAACCCAGAUCCAUGAAAUGGUCGAUCGAGGUGCAGCCAUAAAACUCACCAAAGAAAUCAUGGACAAGUGGAAUGGCCCAGUAUGGUAUGUGAGCCAUCUGGUGGCACCAAACCCUCAUUCAGUCACAAUGCCAGUUCGCAUUGUAUGGAACAGCAGCCAGAAAUUCAAAGGCGUGAGCAUGAAUGAUCUUCUUCUGAAGGGACCUGAUGUUCUCAACCCCAUUAGAGCUGACCUGCUGAGAUUCAGAGAAGGUGUGCAUGCAUCUCUGGGAGACAUAAAAAAGAUGUACAACUCUGUCUGGCUGGAGAAGCGUGAGAUGCAUCUGCACAGAUUCCUCUGGAGAGACAGCCCAGAAGAGGAGAUCAGUGAAUAUGCAAUCACCAGAGUCAACAUCGGCAACAAACCUGCUGGUUGCAUUGCUCAGUUGGCCAUGAGAGGAACAGCAAGCCGGCCAAACUUUGCUCACUUGGAAGAAGAGUGCAGAGUCAUUGAAAAGAACAGUUAUGUGGACGACCUCUUAACCUCCCACAACGACCUAAACAGACUGGGCAAAAUCAAAACAAAGGUUGAAGAGAUCUUCAACUUUUGUUGAAGAUGGCGGUUUCUUCCUCAAACCAUGGGUCUGAUCAGGUCAAAGUGGGAGGAAAGGAAUGGGAACAGAAGUCCUAAAGGAACAAGGCAAAACUUUCAUUCUUCCAAAUCAAAUGAGGGAAGAAGACAACAAAGCUCUGGGCAUCGGCUACCAAGUGGAUGAAGACAAGCUGUACAUGCUAACCUCUGUUAACUUCUCCAAAAGAAAGAAGAUGAGAGUCGGCAAAGAUCUUCUCGAAAAGGAGGUGAGAACUGAAACACCCAACCCCCUGACAAGAAGGGCUCUCUCAAGCCAAGUAGCUGGACUGUACAACCCAAUUGGCCUAGCAGCACCAUUCAAACAGAAGGGAGCAAUUCUUGUCCGGAAAGCAUUCCAAGAGGUAGGAGGUGGCAAGUUGACCCAAGAAAGCUGGGACCAACCACUUUCAGAAAGCCUCAGAAGAAGCCAUACAGCUUUUCGAGGAGUAUGUGCAGCUUGGACAAGUGAAAUUCCACAGGAGCCUCACACCAGCUGACUGGAAGGGAAGCCCUUGGGGCAUCACAUUCUCUCAUGGAAGUGACAAAACCUACAGAGCUGUGAUGUACUUAAGAUGGUAAGUCAUGGCAUUGAAGUUCAAUUUGUGGAAUCAAAAGCCAAGCUGACACCUCUGCAUCAGAAGGUAGAUGUCUUUGCAGCCAGGAUCAGGAAGUAUGUGGAAAAGCAUGCACGGAUGAAAAUCAAGAGAUGGUUCCACCUGCUUGACAGCCAAACAGUCCUGGGGGCCAUACAAAGAGACAGUUAUGGGUACCAAACCUUCUUUACAAACAGAGUGGGUGAAAUCCAGAAGGCUGCCCCGUGCAAGAAUGGUGGUGGAUCCGUGGAGAUCAGAACUUUGCUGACAUCAUAACAAGAGGGGGCAGACCUGAAGAUUUAAAGGAGAAUUCCACAUAGCAGGAUAGACCGGCGUUCCUAAAGUGGCCAGUGGAGGAAUGGCCUAUUAAAUCAGCUGGAGAGGUCACAGCUCAUGCCAGGGAGAAUGAACAAGCUCCAAAGGAAGGCAUUCUCAGCUGCAGUAACAAGAGCCCAAACAAAAAGGAGUCAGCAGAAAGACCACUUGGCUACUCAGGAGACCAAAAUGCCCUGUCAAGAUGCAAAACCAACUUCAAUUCUUUCAAGACGAAAGGGCUGGAUCAAAGAUCUUGUGGCUAUCAGAAGAUCCAGUUGCCUGUCCAAACUGGUUAGAGUCAUCGCCUGGGUCUGUCAGGCUGCCAAACUGUGGCUCAAAAGAAAGUGCCAUGCCCUUGAACACCCAAAGUGGGAGGCAACGGCACCCAAGCAAGCUGGUCUGUCUGGAAAAUAAUUGGAGGAUGCUUUUGAAGACCUCCUCCUCGCUGCUCAAGAAUGCAUAACUUUUCCAGAUACAAUGCUCAGCAGACUGGCAGUAUAAAAGGACGUGAACUCUGGAUUCCUGGUCUGGUUGGCUGACCAAAAUGCCCUUCGAGCACAGUACAAGCUGGCAAGAGUUGUCGAUGUCAACACUGACAGCAAAGGCAUUGUGAGAGAUGUGCUUGUGAAAACAUUUCCCAGCUAUCCCGUGCUCAUCACAAAGGCAGAUGGCAAAGAAAUGCCCAAAACAGGGAAAAAGACUAAAGGCCUUAAAUACAAAAUCCCAGCCACAACUCUUCAUAGAGAUGUCAGACGGCUUGUCAUUCUAUUCCCCAUUGAAGAACAAAUGACAGAAGUGAGAAGGACUUGUGUGACUUCUCUGAGUUGGAAACAGAGAAGGUCAAGUGGGAGGUGUCGAAGCAAACCUCAGACUUCAAAUUUGUACACCCAAGAUGGCCGCCCAUGGGACAUUCAAGAUGGCCACCCCUUGGUACACCUAAAAUGGCCGCCCCUGUACACCAGAGAUGGCCGACCUUCGGGUGUCGGCUGAUAAGGAACACCUGAAAAUCAGUGUGAGUUGUUGCAGAGAACAAAGGAGCAAACAACUUCAAGCAGAAGCAACAUUUUUUCCCCUGGUGUCCUCCACCCAGGAGGUUGUACUUCCUCUGCAUGUCAUUGUGUAAAAUUCUGAAAUGGAUAUCAAAGACAAAUAAAUCUCUUAAGAUGCGUUCACACCGGACAGGCGACGCAACUUGUUGCGUCUCGAGGGGCCGUUACGUUGCGUGUCCUUAAACGUGUCACUUUGCCACCAUCAGUUCGCGUUGGGCAUUAUACCACGCCCGCUCUAGGUUUCCCCUUGAUCUCGUCGGAUACUGUGUCCAGCGCUGCUCUUUAUUUGCUGAACAAGUCCCUAAAACGUCAGAGAAACCCUCACUACAGUUGCGCAAGUGCCUGUAUGAACGCACCUCAAUACUGCUUACUCUUGCAAUUCACUAAAAUGACUUGAUAAACACCAACAAUACAUGAUUAUAUUAAUAAUAUUGACCAUUAUAUUGUCUUGCAUUCAUUUUCAAGUAUUCAUAUUCAUACCUGUCCAGGAUCCUGCGUCUGCAGGUCUUUAUGUCCUUCCCCCCAAGGUAUGACAAUAGUUUUAUCUGUAUGAUACAAUCAAAUUAUCAAGAGUGUCUAAUGUAUAGAUUUCUAUGAUUUUUAGCAUCUCUAUUUGACUUAGCAGUGAAAGUUUUAUGUUGGGGUACCUAUCGAUCUCCAACGACAUGUGCUGAGCCUCCUCCAAAGUCCUUAACGGCAACUGACCCAUCCGCCCACCCUCAUCUUCAAUGUUGAGCGAUUUCAAUUCAUCGCAGAUUUCCAAAAGUGUUUCCACAACCACCCGCUGGAACUCUUAGUGAAAAGAUAUGAUGUAGGAACAUUCAAUUCAAUAAUUACAAUACAUUACAUAACAACAUUUUGUACUUAAGUUAUGCCACUCUUACUUUUUUUACUGUCCACAAAACACGGAGUCUGCAAUAGUGUGCAGACAUCUUUGGGCAAAUUGUGGCCAUGUUUGCGGAGGAUCGCCAACAUCUUAUGAACACUACUGUGAGUCUGCUUUGUUUCUACAGCCCAAGCUGCCACAUCCUCUCUUAGGCUUGACAGUUCAUCUUCGGUUUGGGAUUCCAAGUCAACAAGCUCGGUUUCUUCAUCACUUGUGUCUGGAUAUCACUAUAACUUUAGUCCUCUUGAUUAUCAGGCUCUUCUUCCAAGGUUGUAUUGAAAGAAGUACUUCCUAAAGUGUUGUCUGUUAACUGGCCAUAUUGACUUGCCCUACCCUCUAGCAGGUCCUCCAAAUGCUGUGCUUCAAAAGAUGUUGUCUCAUUUGGUGGUUGGCCAGAUUGACUUGCCCCACCCUCCUCUUGUGUGUCCUCCUGUGACACAUCCACAUCACUGGUAAAUUCAUCUAAGAAAUCACCCUCCCUAGCUCUUUUUCUCCGCUACUCUUUCAAAUAAUUAGAGGCCAUAUUCAAUUUGGCUGGAAAGAAAACACAUGGAAAAAAGAAAAUAGAAAAAUAAUAAUGUUUUAACAGUGUGAGCUUGUAGAUCAACCAUUAUAAAAUUGUUUUGCUUUUUUAGUACGAUUGGCAACUUGUGAAGCAGGACAUAAUGCAUAAUGAAUACCUUUUGCUCUUGGUUAAAAAAAAAUACUUACUUUUACUUACUAAAAUACUAAUACCAAUAUUUUCAGAUUUUUAGUAUUAGCAUUUCCUAUAGCACUGCUAAUGCAUUAACAAAUUAAUAUUAGAAUAAUUCAACUAAUGCGUCCCAUUUCUACCACACACAGUGAAAAACAAUCUAUGACAAUUACAGUUAAACACAAAUUUAACUAUAUAAAAAAAAAUAACACUGGAUAAACAAAAACAACAGUACUAGCAUCACAAUAGACUUCAUUUUCUAAUUUAAAUUGAUAGCCUAACUAGCAGCUUUUAAGCUAGGCUCCAACAGAGAGAGCAGGCCCUUAUUUCCUUUCAUGACAACACACGUUAGCAUGGACUGUUUGAUGGUGUUGGGCCCACGCUGGCUAAACUAGCCACAAGCUAGCCCUCGUAGUAGCAACCAGGCUACAUGCGAACUCGAGUUUAACAUUUGCCGUGAAUGCAUUUCACCGUCACGCAUCAUGAUGCACGACGGUGGGAGGACCAAAGCUUGCAAAAAUAAACAUUUUCUAUAAUAUCUCCUGCAGCACCCACCUCUUUUCAGCUGAAAGUAUAAUUCUCGAACUCUGGAACGACUGGAACUUCUGGUGUAGUCUGACGGUCAUGGGGUUGAGUGUGGACAAAGCGCAAUGCUUCAGCCGGAUGUUGUGCGGUCCACAAUUUGAAGCCGUUUUCAUGUUAUGGUCCGAUUAUGGUAUGAUCUCCAUAAGGGUGUAAGGCUGGGCUCUUGCAGAGCUACCAAAUACUUUUUUGUCACUCAUCUCGUGUUCUUGCGGCUAUGCCGGUAACUUUUAUCAUGGACUACUUUGCUCCUGGUGGAAUAAGAAUGGUCACGUGAGCGUGCUCCACCAAUACGGUGGCUGGAUUACUGUCACGGUGGCAGCAGGCGUUACCGAGACGGAUAAAACACAUGAAAUCUAAUAAUGAAAUGGAAUUUCAGCGACUAACUUUGUUGUCGAGUGCACAGCAGGACCCAGGCUUUAAGAUCCAAAGUUGUUUUUUUUUGCCAUAUAUGCGUUUUGACCAGAUAAGGCGAAAACACUGGUCACACUCCGGAGUGUUAUUUGACACCCGUAGAUUAAGAUCAGUUCUGCAAUGUUCAGUUAUCAUUUUAAAUCAUCAACUCUUGAAUUGUAGAUUAAAAUCAAUUGUCUAGAUUCGGUCUAUAUGUAGACGUUGAAAUGACGUAUACAUUUUUACGUCUAAAUCACGUCUAAAAAUAGACCGAAUCCCAACGUUGUAAUGAAGUAUAAAUUUAUACGUGUAAAUGAUGUCUACAUCUAUACUAUGCUGCAUAUCUCUCCACAGUAUCAUAAGUAAUCUAAUCCAGUAUUUAGAGGUCAGUUAUGCACCCUACAGUUGUCUUUUUCAUAAAAAGUUAUCGAAUAAUAAGUUUUGUGCAAAGUGUAAAUCACGUCUAAAAAUAGACCGAAUUCCGACGUUGAAAUGAAGUAUAUAUUUAUACAUGUAAAUGACGUCUACAUCUAUACUAUGCUGCAUAUCUCUCCACGGUAUCAUAAGUAAUGUAAUCCAGUAUUGAGAGGUCAGUUAUGCACAAUACAGAAGUUUAUUGCAUAAAAAGUUAUCGAAAAAUGAAGUUAAGGGCGAAGUAUAAAUCAUGUCUAAAAAUAGCUGGAAUCCCGACGUUGAAAUGAAGUAUAAAUUUAGACUAGACCUCUAAUAAACGUCUUUUGCUCAGUGGGUUGUUAAAUUUCUCACUCGUUGACAGCUAUAUUUUGAACCGAUUUCCUUCUUCCUAUGUUUCGUGCAUUCAUCUUCAUCUUUGACCCAAUAAACUCAUUCCGCUAGACAUGCAUGUCUCAAAAGGCCCUAUAAAUUGGUACGAUUCGGUUGCAAGUGUGUAAUUAGAUGGUGAAUGAUAAACGGAACGUCAACAAAGGUCCUCAAAAGCCAUGCCUCUUGAACAUCUGCUUGGAGUGUCACCAGUUAACUUAACACCAGUUAAACCGACACACCGUGUACGCAGCACUAUUCUGAAAGGAGGUGCUGCAACUGAUCUUCUGCAGGACUUAAGCAUGUUGUGAGUCGACUGAACAAUUUAUUGAUCAUGAAGAGUUUUGUGACAUUUGCUUAAAAAAAAGUUUAAAGGUAAUGAAAAUUAAUGGAAAGUUUUGUCUGCCAGUGCUGUACAGGAAAACAAACCCUCUGUGUGUGUGUGACCGGUCAGCAACAAAAGAAGUCCAUCAACUCAUCACUGUGACUCUCAGAGCCGAAGAAACUUUUGAUCCAGCAUUAGAAAAGUUGUUGCUCACACAAUGCCAGACCUUUAACUGGUAUGUAUUUGUUUCAGCAGUCACAUCAUUUGUUUGUGUUCAUCUGAUGUGACAACCUUCACUUCUCUCUGUAAAUCACAGAACUCAGCAUGAGCUGAAGAACUAGCAAAGUCCUGCAGAUCUUCAUUGUGGCUUCCUAGAACCAAGCACUGAGUCAACAGCAGAGAAGGGUUCUGACCUGGGGAACAACAGCUCUGAGCUUCACCAAGUAUGUCUCAUCUUCUGGUGUAACUGUUGUCUUUCCUCUCAGCUCAUCACAGAACCAGCUCUACAUAAGCUGCAAAGCCAAACCCAGCAACCAGCGACCCUGAAGCCACUUGAUCUCUGCUGACCAUAGAACUUGAAAAUACUGCAUGAUUAGUUGUCCUGGGAGGGGAUCCCUCUAAGAUCUGGCCUACCUAAAGGUUUUUUCCUCUUGUCCUGAGAAAGCAUUUUUGGGGGGAGUUUUUUCCUGACAUGCUUAGAGGUUCGAAGGCUGAUGGUGCCAUAUACACCACAUGUUGUUCUAUUGCUGUUUUAAUUUUAAUAUUUUUUUAUUUCUGGUUCAAUGUCAAUAGAGUAACAAUAUGGAAGUCUUGAGUUUUAAUUCACUUUUAUAAAAGAAUGAAUAAUUUCACAUGCUUACAAUCACAACAGUUUAAAUGUGUGAAAUAUGAAAGUUUUAAUCUGUUUAAAUGAAUAGAAAAUUGUACAAAGGAGCAGUAUGAGGCAUGAAUAGUCAGAGGGAUUUAUACUGUGGAAAACUAAAACCUGAAGGCACUGCCUGAUGGAAAUUUAGUAGGUUUAGAAAACAAGGCAGGUAUGAAUAUGAUGAAACAGUUAAUGUCAGAAUUUUUGUAGAAUAAGACAUGAAUAGUGAGAAUUAUUAUAUCAAAACAACUCGGACUCCAGUGAGGAUCUACCUGGUUUCACUCUUAUAAGGUCAGACAGAGAUGCUCAAGCUAGUGGCAAGAAGAAAGGAGUAGGUCUGGCUUUAUUGGUCAACCAGAGAUGGUGUAACCCUUCACACAUAACUGUCAAGGAGAAGUUGUGUUGUCCAGAUAUUGAACUGUUGGCAGCUGCUCUUCGGCCAUAUUAUGUUCCAAGAAAAUUUAGUCAUAUCAUAACAAUAGUUGUUUACAUUCCACCCAAAUCAACUGAAGAAAUUCCUUGUGCUGUUUUGCAAAAUAGUGUAGCCAGGCUACAGACUCAACACCCUGAGGUACUAAUAAUCUAAUAAUAUCGGGAGACUUCAACCAUGUCACCCUCUUCUCUCACCUGACUGGAUUCACACAGUUUGUGAACUAUCCUAUCAGAGAAAACAAAAGUCUGGAUUUGCUGUAUGCCAACAUCAAAGAAGCCUACAGAGCCACUGCCUUACCAUCACUGGGCAAGUCGGAACAUAACUUGGUCUAUCUGCAAACCUGUUACAGACGUUGUGUACUGAGGCAGCCUGUUACCAAAGGCAAAAUCAGAUGAUGGACACCUCAAGCUAGUGAAGCUCUUAGGGACUGUUUUAAAUCAACAGACUGGAAUGUGCUGCUGAAAACAGAUGUGGAUAGUAUGAACAUUGAUAAAAAGGUUGACUGCUUUACUGAUUAUGUCAACUUAUGUAGAGACACCAAUAUACCCACCAAGACUGUUCGCUGUUUCGCCAACAUCAAACCCUGGAUCACAAGUGACAUAAAAGCAAUCUUUAACCACUAAAAGAAAGCUUUUAAAGAUGGUUACAAAGAACGACUCAAACAAGUGCAACAAGAGUUGAAGAAGACACUGAAGAUUGCAAAGCUGGAGUACAAAAAGAAGAUAGAAAAGAAUCUACAACACAGCAACAUCCGUGAAGUGUGGAGAGGAAUCUAUACCAUAUCUGGAUACAGCAAUAAAAAGAAAAGACAGCCAGUGGUGGGUGAUCUGGAAAGAGCUGAUGAACUCAACCUGUUCUUCAACAGAUUGGACACUGCUGUCACUCCCACCUCCACUGCUACUGCACCUUCCUCUCCGCAAAAUUCUCCACUACAACUUCUCCCCUUCCUCCUCCCUCUUAUUCAAAUGUCUUAACCACUUCAACUGCCUCCCUCCUAGAACACCAGUUCUUGUCUGUCACCGAAACAGGGGUGAGGAUGGAGAUUGGAAGACUUUGUCCUGGGAAGGCAGCUGGUCCAGAUGGUGUGUGUCCAAGGCUGCUUAGAGACUGUGCUGCAGAACUGUGUCAACCUCUCCACAAGAUCUUCAACCUGAGUCUACCGCUGGGGCAAGUACCUACUCUGUGGAAAACAUCCUACAUUGUGCCAGUACCAAAAACAAAAUGUCCGGCUGAACUCAAGGACUACAGACCAGCGGCCCUCACUUCACACAUCAUGAAAACCCUGGAGCGGCUGAUUCUACACCUUCUGAGGUCUGAGGUCAAAGACAAACUGGAUUCCCUGCAGUAUGCACACAAAGAACACAAUGGAGUGGAUGAUGCUGUCCUCUACAUGCUUCACUGUGCCCUGUCUCAUCUGGAGGAACCUGGGCUUUAUGUGAGGAUCGUGUUCUUUGACUUUUCAAGUGGAUUCAACACCUUUUAACCUACCAUACUUAAAGACAAGCUCACAGAGAUGGGAGUGGAUCCUUCCUGUGUUUCCUGGAUCGCAGAUUACCUGACAGGGAGGCCACAGUUUGUCAGGCUGGGAAACUGUGUUUCUGGGACAUUAAUGAGCAGUACAGGGGCUCGACAAGGGACAGUGCUGGCGCCAUUCCUGUUCACACCGUAUACUUUAGACUUAAAAUACAGCACUGAGUCCUGCCACAUCCAGAAAUACUCAGAUGACACCGCUAUUGUGGCAUGUAUCAGAAAUUGACAAGAAGCUGAAUACAGAGAUCUAAUAAGGGCCUUCAGUGACUCGAGUCACAAAAAGUGCCUCCUUCUCAACACCUAAAGGACAAAGGAGAUGGUCAUAGACUUCCAUAGACCCAAACCCCCUCUUCAGCCAGUGAACACCUGUAGAGUGGACAUCGAAGUGGUGACAUCAUAUAAAUGCCUAGGUGUACAUCUGGAUAUCGCAACAACAUGCAAUCUGAUUGGUCAGAAGUAAGCACACAGUAUGGGAAACUUUAGAAAAAUCGACCAUGAUGCGAAAAAAUAAAUGCCACAAUAUCGCAGGAUGGGAAAACGUUGCUGAUGUGAACGCUUGUAUUGACAGGAUACGGGUUCGAAAAAAUAUGUUGACGUCCAAAAUAAUCUCACAAAAAAAACGCUGUCACACGGCUGCCAUCUUACCUAGGGGCUGAUUUAAUGACAAGCCAUAUGAUGCUCUUAUUUGUAAGUGACAGUCCACACGUGUACAAAUACUCACAACAUCAGGCGGAGGUUCAUCCUGGUGCAGAUCCAUUGGCAGGUUUUCUUCUGCUCUUCCAGAGGCAGCUGUGCUUCUUGUUGCUACCGGCUAAAAUAAACAGUUAAAUAUUAAAAUGUUCUUGAUGCACAACUCUUAAUGUAUUCCUAAACUUGCAGAAUCAUAAAACAUUGAUUUAUCUAUCUUAAACAGCUUGAAUUCUUGUUGGCCAAUGGUACACAUACCCUUUGGAGAUGAGCAGGGAAGUUGAAAAUGGUUGGUACAACACCAGCUCUAAGCCGGACAGUCUGCCCUGUCCUGUCAAAAUCCUCACUCCUGAAAUGUUAGCAGCAUAGUUUGAAGUUUUUAGUUGAAACAAAAUGCUCCUUUUGUAGAGCAAGUUCCAAUUGCCUCCUCUUCUCUGCGUUUUGGGGAAACCUUAAAAACAUGAGAAGAUACCGAGAUAUGAAUUAUUGACAACGUUUUACAUCCUUCUUACCUUUAACAUUAAUGGUGAAGACAGAAAGACAGAGUUAAAUUAUGAUAUUGUUGGGGUAAUUCUUGUAGCCUAUGCUUGAAUGCCAUUAUGUAAACUUAAAUAACAAGUCAAUAACAGUCUGUCUAUGAUGUCCUGCCCAGCCCGUCAAACCUCUUCCUUUGGGGCAAGGCUGAAGCUCCAUCAUGUACCUUGUGCCAGGGGAGGGGAACACUGAAGCACAUCCUCAGCAGCUGUCGUAAGGCACUUGGAGAUGGCCGCUAUCGUUGGCGCCACAACCAGGUGCUGAAGGCAGUUGCUGAGUCCAUCCACUCUGCCAUUGACCACAGCAAGCACCUGCAACCACUGAGGCACAGAAUAGCAUUUGUGAGGGCUGGGGAAAAAACCUCCUCCCCAACCAAAGGCCCAAACAGGACUCCUGGGAACAGCAAAGGACUGGCAGCUGAGGGUGGACUUCGGAAAACAGCUUAAGUUCCCUUAGAACAUCACGGAAACCAGCCUGAGACCAGACAUAGUCCUACAAUCAGAGUCUUCCAAGCAGGUCAUCAUGUUGGAGCUGACGGUGCCCUGGGAGGAGAGGAUGGAGGAAGCCAGUGGGAGAAAGAGGGAGAAGUACGCCGAGCUGGUGGAGGACUGCCGCAACAGGGGGUGGCAUGCAAGAUGCCUGCCCAUUGAGGUCAGUCGGGGGAAGGGGCUUUGCAGGGAAGUCACUCUGCAGGGCCUACAGUCUCCUAGGCAUCACAGGGGCAUGUAAGAGGAAAGCCAUCUGCUGAGCUUCAGAAGCAGCUGAGAAAGCAUCACGAUGGCUGUGGAUUCAGAGGGACAAGGCUUGGAUGAGCGCUUCUUGAACACAGGCCGGGAACUGAUCACUCCCGGUCGGGUCGCCUGGGUGAGGGGUUCUGAAGUUGAAAGACCCGAAACCCCCCGUGAUCCCAGGUACUAUCACUGAUGAUGUGUCCAAGAUUUUGCAUCGCAAGAUGUUUUCGAACAACUACAGUAACAUGUUAAAAAAAAUGUGAAAAAGAAAUAUUCAAUGAUUAUGUAAACAAAUGGUAGAAACAUUUUUAAAACGUCACGGUGAAAAUAACUUGAAUUGUACAAGUACAGAUUUAACUAAGGUAGUAACAAUUAUCCUAAAUAUGUCCCUCAAGUCAUUUCUUACAAGUGAAAGGUGAUUCCACGGACUCUUGUUUGAACAGAACGUUCAUUUGAGCAUCCAUGUGCUGCACAAAAGUCUGGCAUCUUGGACUGUAGAGGGUAUUUCUAUAAACGCAAAGCCAGGCAUUUACUGUAUCACAAUGAAUCUAAAUUAAGGAUAUAUUUAACUAAUGAAACAGCUUGGAAAUCAUAUUAUGUAUGUUAAAACAAAGGAGUAAUUCUGCCUUUCCCACCUGUAAAGAAUUAUGUCUAGGCUACUUUGUAAUAGUCCUAGUGAGGUCAUGGUUUAGGGACUUGGUCAUUGUAAAGAGGCGGGGUCAUGUUGUAGAGGUGGGAUCAUAUUUGGCAGGGUCAUGUUAGAGGCGGGCUUAUGUUGUAGAGGUAGGGUCAUGUUAGAGGCGGGGUCCUGUUGUAGAGGCGCGGUCAUGUUAGAGUUGGAGUCACGUUGUAGAGGAGGGGUCAUUUUGUAGAGGCGGGGUCAUGGUUGAGAGGUUGGGUCAUUGUGUAGAGGCAGGUCAUCUUGUAGAGGAGGGAUGAUAUUUGGCGGGGUUAUGUUGUAAAGGUGGGGUCAUUAAAGAGGCAUGGUCAUUAAAGAGGCGGGACUUCUAGAAAGGUGGGGUUAUGUUAGAGGUGGGGUCAUGUUGGAGGUGGGAUCAGGUUGGAGACGCAGUCAUGUUGUAGAGGUGGGAUCAUGUUAGGGAGGCUGGGUCGUGUUGUAGAGAUGGGGUCAUGUUAAAGGCAGGGUCAUAUUAGACAGGCGGUGUCAUGGUUUAGAGGCAGGUUCAUGUUAAAGAGACUGGAAAAUGUUGGUGAGGCAGGGUCAUGGCUAAGAGGUGGGGUCAUGCUAGAGGCUGGGUCAUGUUGAAGAGGCGGUAUCAUGUAAGAAGCUGUUUCAUGUUGUAAAGGAGGGGUCAUUGUUAAGAGGAAGGGUCAUGUUGUAGAGGAGGGUCUAUUUUUAAGAGGCGAGGUCAUGUUAGAGAAGGGAUCAUGUUAUAGGUGGGGGUCAUUUUGUAGAGGCGGGGUCAUGUUCUAGAGGUGGGGUCAUGAUUUAAAGGCAGGUUCAUGUUAGAGAGGUGGGUCGUGUUGAAGAGGCGGGGUCAUGUAAAAGGUAGGGUGAUGUUACAGUCAGGGUCAUGUCAGGGAGGCAGUGUCAUUUUUAAGAGGCAGGGUCAUGUAAGAGUUAGGUUCAUGUUGGAGGUGGGUCAUGUUGUGGAGGCAGGGUCAUGUCGUAGAGGUGAGGUCAUGUUAGAGGUGGGUCAUGUUAGAGGCUGGGUCAUGUUAUUGAGGCAAGUCAUGUAGAGGCGGUGUUAUGGUUUAGAGCUGGGGUCAGAUUUGAGAGGUGGGGUCAUGUUGUAGAGGCAAAGUCAUGUCAGGGAGGUGGGGUCCUUUACAGAGACAGGGUCAUGAAAGAGGUGGGGUCAUGUUAGAGGUGAGAUCAUGUUAAAAGCCGGGGUCAUGUUGCAGAGGGGGGGUCAUGUUGUAGAAGCAGGGCCAUGUAAGAGGUAGGGUCAUGUUAGAGGCAGAGACUCCUAGAGAGGCAGGUUCAUGUAAAAAGUGGGGUCAUGUUAGAGGUGGGAUCAUUUAAGAGGCGAGGCAUGUUAUAGAGUGGGGUCAUGUGAGAGGCGAGGUCAUGGUUUAGAGGCGGGAUCAUUGUGUAGAGGAGGGGUCAUGUUCUAGGGGCAGGGUUUUGUUGAAGAUUCGGGCUUAUGUUAGAGGUAGGGUGAUAUAAGAGGCGGGGUCAUGUUGGAGGUGAGGGCCAUCGCUCUGUAUUGCUGUGUUUUUGCACAGCCCACCAUGAACAAAUAUUAGCCAUCAACAAUUAGAUGAACCCAGUAUUUUCGUGAGCCCCUGUGUUAGUGAGAAUAAAGAAUAAACAAGUGUAUUUGACCCUGAACAGACUGACUGAAUUGGUGCGGAGUGAAGACCACUGCUGCAGCUAAGUACAACCAAUUGAGCAGUAAGGCCAUAGCAUAUCAACGGGGAUUCGUGAGCUUUUGCUAGUGAGAAUUGAGGUGGAACAUGUGUAUUUAGCUCUUAACAGAAUGCCUUAUUUUACGCAGAACAUAACAUGCUGGAAUUUUUAUGAAAAACCCUGUUUUGAUGUGAACAAAUGGCCCUUUGUUGUAAGGUGGACAGCAUGGAGCUGCACUUUUGGUUUUCAGAAACAGCAGAGGUGUUAGAAAGACUGGAUUAAAAUAUCUUGCUCUCUUUUUAAAAUCCGAAUUUAUACAGCUAGGGACUCUAAACCGUUUUAAAAUUACAGUAUUCAUUUUCAAGUAGGUCUGGUGACUUUGUCCUUAGUGUCAGUCCGUAUGCAGUAGAUGGCGCUGUGUGCAUUAAGGGACCAAAAGUGAACGCUAAGAGAAGGAGACACAUGAUACGGAGCUGCACAGAUGCUAACAUGUUUUUGUCACCAUUCAUGUGGGAAAGAUGCUCAGAAAACAUAACCGGAAUGAAAUAUAACCAUGUUAUGACAUUUAAAAGCUUAAGGCUGUGAUUGUGAUGUGGAGUGUGAUUUUGAACGGGACUUUGAAGGAGACCAGUUAACUGAGUGGUAAUUUACUAUGGCGACACGGCGCAAAUAAUGUUAAAAACGAGUUAUUAAUAAAAUAAAACAGGAAUAAAAAUUUAUGUGCUACACAAAAGAUCAACCACAGUGUCAUUCUUAAAAGUUUAACACAAAACUUGAAUUAAAUUGAAAAUAUUGGUCUAUGUUACAUGUCAUAACCUUUUCUAUUUAUCACUCUGGUCAGAGCAAUUUAGUUUACUGCUAAAAUCCCUGCAUUUUGUACACCAUGUGUAGUCUUUUUGAUUAAGGAGCAAAUCAACUUCUGAACACUACAAUCAUUAGCAUGCAUUGUGAUCACUGAUGUGUGUAUGUCUAACUGUAAAUGUUUUGUUAUACCCACUUAAAAACCUCAAUCAGCACAGUCUGAGGCAAAGAUCUGUGACAAAUUGUCGUUGUAGUGUUAAUAUAGCAAGCUAUUAUUGUGGUAUUUUAUACAAUUAUGUGUAUAUAUAGUGAUACCAAACAUUUAAUAUUUUGGUAUUUGGCCAUUAUAGUCAUUGAUGGUUUCUUGUACUUACUGCGGUUGUGAUCAUGCUGUUAAAUUUAAACAGUAUAAAGUAUCCUCAUUAGAGGCGUAACACUAUGCUCCUAUCUGUUUUAAUAUUUGCAUAUUCAGAGAUAGUAGUUUUUUGUUAUUGAGGGAUUGUAUAUCUAAUGAGCUGAUAAUACAUUCUUUCAACUUUUCACUGGUAAAACUACCAGAUGGUGUGUACAUGUGAGAUUAUAUAAUUUACAUUAACUUUCUUUCCUUUUUUUCAAGGAUGCGGGCGAUAAGAGUCAAGUACGGCGAUCGUCAAAAGUACAUUUGUUAUGAGGGGCAACUGACUUUCAAGUGCUUUUUGGAAUGUGGUGAGUGGAAAAUAUUUUACUAACCACAGAAAUAAGAUGUUUUUUUCCUGCAUCCUUUUUUUUAAAAUCAUGAGCUUCAUAUGUUUGUAGUUUUUUAAGGGUUUUUCAAAUUUACAUGGUUGCAGUACAACUUUUCGUAAACAAGAUGGCAUGACUGAUGUUCCACAAAGACAUUAUAGAUAAAGUUUGCUUUUAACUUCCGUCCAGUCGGCUGUAGUUGGUGGGCUGUUGAUGACAGAUAUUCAUCUUUCUUAAAGAAAGAUGAAUAUCUGUCAUCUUUCUUAAAGAAAGAUGAAUAUCUGUCAUCAACAGCCCACCAACUACAUACAACUUAUAACUCAAGCUUAAAUUAAUUUAACUUAAAUUAAUUUAACUUAAACAUAAUUAAAAAGGGAGAUUUUAGUUGUGGUGUAGUUCUAUAAUACUUAAACUGACAGAACAGUUGCAACAGUUUUUAUUUAUAUCUGUCAUCUUUCUUAAAGAAAGAUGAAUAUCUGUCAUCAACAGCCCACCAACUACAUACAACUUAUAACUCAAGCUUAAAUUAAUUUAACUUAAAUUAAUUUAACUUAAACAUAAUUAAAAAGGGAGAUUCUAGUUGUGGUGUAGUUCUAUAAUAUUUAAACUGACAGAACAGUUGCAACAGUUUUUAUUUAUAUCUGUCAUCUUUCUUAAAGAAAGAUGAAUAUCUGUCAUCAACAGCCCACCAACUACAUACAACUUAUAACUCAAGCUUAAAUUAAUUUAACUUAAAUUAAUUUAACUUAAACAUAAUUAAAAAGGGAGAUUCUAGUUGUGGUGUAGUUCUACAAUACUUAAACUGACAGAACAGUUGCAACAGUUUUUAUUUAUACAGCUUUAAAUCACAACAGUAAUCUCAGGGUGCUUUAUUAGUAGAGCAGGUAAAUAUCACUCUACUAAUUGAAUAAACCAAACAAAUUCCCAACUAAUGUGCUAGAGAUGGGUACAGAAGUCAAAUUAGUUUGAAGCUAUCUGGUACAGUGCAUCUAAUUGUGGCAUUUGUUUUGACUGUAUAUUGUCAAUUAUUAAAUAAAAUAAUUCAAAUGAAGGUAGGAUUAACCUGUAAGGGUGAAUUGAGUCAGUUUUGAGAUUACAGCAACAAUUCAAAAUAAGGUGCCCUUUGAUUUACUCUUGAUUCACAGCAAAUCCAUCAGUAAUGUUGUGCAAUUUUAUGUUGUCAUCAUAGUUGCCAAGAAAUUUGACAUUCCAACCCUGGACGUCAAAGUAUAUGAUGACUCCAAAACUGAAAUUGAUGAGAAGGGGUUUGAGUUUCUUCUAAGGAGUCAAGACCUUGGAGUUCUGGAGAUAUGUAUGCCUGAAAAACCAAACCCAGAUGGUGAGUUGAGUCUUACAUCCAUUCAUACAUUUCUGCCUGACUUAACAUGUUCUGAAUUAGGGCUGGACAUUGUCAUAAAAUUGAUAUCAUGUUGGAGUUUGAAGCAGUAAAUCAAAGUGAACAGUCACAUUUCAUUUUAAGCCAUUUUUUCUGCGCUAACCUGUCUCUCUCAAUCCCAAACCUAAAUGGGAUUUACAUUGUGUAAAGUUUUGUAUUAAUCACACCUGUCAAAUCUGAACAUGUUUGCUAGAUUCAAUGAGCUCCUCUGCAAGUUGCUCCUAUGAAAGUUUCAGUGGAGACAAUGAGGGGGAUUCUGAUAGCACCAUCAUAUUGCAGCCCAGUCCGACUCAAAGACGUGCAAAUGAGGAUGCUUCUCUAGCUCAGGUGAGCUCAGUAGAUUUUCUUGCAUAUUUUUAGAAUGUUUAAACACACUAUUUCAAACGUUAAGAUUGUGAGUGAUAAAUUACAGAUGAAUUGACGUUUUGACAUGUUUUACUGUACAGCACUUGCCUAUCCUUGUUAAACUUUUAGAUGGGCCGUUUCUUUUGAAGACAUUUUUAUAAAAAGAUAUCCAUAAUAUUUUUCAAAAUAAAGUUGUGAAAAAUGUAUAUACACCACAGGCCAAAAGUUUGGAAGCAAGAUCAGAGUUGUACAAAAAAAGAUAAUAGUUACAUAUAUAUAAUUUGCAACACAAUAAACAUGACUGUUGUGUAAGGGCUUCUGUCUGGGGAGAAGUAUCCCAUAUUUGGACAAUUUUAUUGCUGUUUCAAACAGACCCCACCUCUUUAAAUCAGACGGCCUUCACCUGAACCAGGAGGGGUCAAGGCUUUUAUCAGUAAAUAUUGACCUGACGCUCCGGUCCUACGCAACCAUCUCCUGACUGUCUGCACACAGGCCCUCUGCACCUCAUUUACACUCAUCUUCACCACUCCCUACCUACACUAUACACGCCCCUCCCUCUGUGCCCUCAGUGGCACAGGACAAGAUUUACACCAUCACAACCAUAACCACACAUAGACUACUUAGGAAGAGGAGGACUGCUUUUAGACCAAAAUGUGUUUUUAAUGUUCCCUUAGAAAAAUGCACUGAGCGCACGUCCAGCACAGAUAUUAAAAUGGCUGUGCUGAACGUGUGCUCUCUUUUAAACAAAUCUUUUAUUAUCAAUGACAUAAUUAUGGACAAUAACCUGGACAGCAUUCUCCUUACAGAGACAUGGCUUGGCACUGAUGCACCUGUUAUUCUCACCGAGGCUUCCCCACCAAAUUUUAACUUUUUAUUUUCAACUAGGGGGUGCAGAAGAGGGGGUGGUACUGCCUCAAUUACAAAAUGCAACAUGCAUACAAAUGAAGUCAUUUUUAACAGCUACUCAUCAUUUGAGUACCAUGCCUUCGUUUUUAGCAGCCCACCUAUCCUCUGUAUAACUGUCUACCGACCUCCCAAGUAUUCCACUUCUUUUAUUCGGGAAUUUUCAGAGCUUUUAUCAAUUAUUUAUGCCACUUUUAACAGGAUUUUAAUAACUGGUGAUUUUAAUCUACAUGUGGACAUCUCCUCAGACCCAAUGUCCAGAGAAUUUUUAAACAUUUUACACUGCUUUGAUUUUAACCAAUAUGUCACACAGCCGACCCACAGCAGGGGGCGCACCUUGGACUUAGUCAUAUCUUAUGGUCUGUCCAUUGGAGCACCCUCUGUUGUGGACCUGGCUGUGUCUGACCAUUUUUGUGUCUUUUUUACAAUCACCAGUUUUAAUCAGAGGGAGGCCCCGGUGAGAACAGUAAACGUUACUUAACUUCUGAAGUGGCUGCAAAUUUUAUCCAGAUCUUACAGAGAACUCCAGAUGAAAUUUUACCAGCACCCUGCAAUUUUGUCACUGACAACCUGAACAACAAAAUGAAGUCAGCACUGGACUCAGUGGCUCCACUUUUUACAAAAACAAUCAAAUCAAAACCUACAUCCCUGUGGAGAACUGAAGACAUUAAAAAAUUGAAAAGGGACUGCAGGAGUGCUGAAAGGAGAUGGAGGAAAUCAAAGCUGACAGUGGAUUAUGAAAUAUUACACCGACUUCUUAAGAUUUACAAUAACGCAAUCAAACAAGCAAGAAGUUCCCACUUCCAAAAUCUAAUCCAUAACCAUAAAAAUAAUCCCAAAUUCCUGUUCUCCACAAUAGAUCUUUUAACAAACAAAAAUUUUAAAAGAUCCUCCAUAACACCUGAUAAUGUCCUUUGUGAGGAUUUUGCAGACCACUUCAGACGAAAAAUAGAUGACAUUCGAUCCAGUCUUUUAUCCCGACAGCUUUUAACACCUGGAUCACAGAGUUUACCCGAGGAAGCACUUGAAAGUUUUGCCCUGGUUGAUGCGAGGACACUUGGUCGAGUUUUCUCCCAGGUAAAGCCCACAACCUGCCUUUUAGACCCAAUUCCCACACCGUUUUUUAAAAAACUCUAUGGAUUCUUCGAGGAACAGCUGUUGUAUUUCGUAAACUGCUCUCUUCAGACGGGUGUCUUCCCCACCGCCGUUUUAAAGGCGGUGGUGAAGCCCCUUCUGAGGAAGAGUGAUUUGGAUCCCAAUGUUUUAAAUAACUAUCGGCCUGUAUCCAACCUACCAUUUUUAGGUAAAGUUCUGGAAAAACUCGUUUUUAACCAAGUAAAUGAUUUUUUAAACUCAAAACAUAUUUUAGAGACUCAUCAGUCUGGCUUUAGGAGGAACCACAGCACAGAGACAGCACUUCUGAAGAUUUUAAAUGACAUCAGAUGUGACUUAGAUAACCACAAACUCACAGUGUUGGUUCUGCUGGAUCUAACAGCCGCCUUCGAUACAAUAGACCAUCACAUUUUAUUAAAUAGACUGCGGAAUGUGGUUGGCCUCUCUGGUACUGUUCUUAAGUGGUUCACGUCCUACCUGACUGAUCGAAAUUUCUUUAUAAGUAUGGAUACAUGUUCCUCAAGGUCCCAUAAAAUCGAGUGUGGGGUUCCCCAAGGGUCAAUUCUAGGUCCAACUCUGUUCAACUUCUACAUGUUACUCCUUGGGGAUGUCAUCAGGAGGCACGGCAUCAGCUUCCAUAGCUAUGCUGAUGAUACGCAACUGUACAUCGCCGUGUCUCCAGAUGACACAGGGCCAAUUGAUGCCCUUUUUAACUGCAUUUUAGACAUUAAAUCAUGGAUGGCAGCAAAUUUCCUGCAGCUCAACCAGGACAAAACAGAGGUUUUAGUCAUUGGUCCUGAAGGCCAGAGAGAGAAACUUUUACCAAAGUUACAGGAUUUUAAACCUUCAAAAUCUGUAAAAAAUCUGGGCGUGAUUUUUGACUCCGAGCUCACGUUUAUUCUACAUAUCAAAAACAUAACAAAGAUAGGUUUCUGCCAUCUAAAGAAUAUAGCCAGAGUCCGCCCGUUUCUCUCUCAGGCCAGCACGGAGGUGCUGAUGCACGCUUUUAUCUCGUGUCGUUUGGAUUAUUGUAAUGCCCUGCUCUCUGGUCUUCCCAAAAAGAACAUGCAAAACCUACAAUUAUUACAAAACUCAGCCGCACGUGUGCUGACGAGGACCAGAGGGCGGGAGCACAUUACUCCUGUCUCAAAAUCGCUGCAUUGGCUCCCCGUACGUUUCAGGAUCCAUUUUAAGGUUCUCCUCUUAAUUUUUCUUAAUGGUCUUGGGCCGUUUUAUUUAUCCGAGAUACUUUUACCUUAUCAACCCUCACGGACCCUGAGGUCCUCUGGAGCUGGUCUCUUAAAAAUCCCACAAGUAAGAACUAAGACAUACGGGGCGGCGGCAUUCAGUUAUUAUGGCCCCCGAUUGUGGAACAGCCUCCCAGAGAGCCUCAGGGCUGCAGAGAAUGUCGAUAUUUUCAAAAAGAGGCUAAAGACUCAUCUUUUUAAUCAGGCUUUUAACUGACUAGUUUAACUCUUUUAAUCCCUUUUAUGCUCACUUUUAUUGUUUCACUAUCUAACACUUUUUAUUAGCGUUCUAUUUUAUACUUCAAUCUAUCAAUAUUAUUAUUAUUUUUUUUAGUCUGGCGUGUUUUACAGUGCACAGAAUCAUUUUUUAUUUACUGGGUCUGUCUUAGCGAUUACAGUUUAUUCCUUCAGUUUUAGUUUCUAUACUUUUAUGUCUUAUUUUAUUCUUUUAGUCCCUCAGUUUUUCCAGUGUUUCCUCCUGGGGCUGCUUCACCGGGAGCGGGUUCUGGUCUGUUGGUGGGGGCGCCGUUCUGGGGACAGCUCUGGCCCGGCUGGAACCAGAGAGCUCUACACCUUGGUGUGGAGCCUCCUGUCUGCCCGGGCUGGUGGUCCCUGUGAUAGCGCCCCCUGCAGCAAUGGGCCGGGAUGCCUCCCGGUCGACGUGGCCCCCAAAGGUAGCGUCUUCCUCACCUCAGAUCUCAGUGCCCAGUCAUGUCUCCUCACCAUCAGCUGCUAACUGUGUAGGUGCGUGUGUUUGUGAAGUUGUGUGUGUGGAAAUGUAUGUCUAUGUGCACGGGUGUGUGUAUGGGUAUAAUUGUGCGGGUGGGAGGUUUGGGGUUUUCUUGGGGAUUUUAAUGUUUCAUUUUCUUUUUAUGCUUUGUAAGGCCCUUUGUGUUACAACUUUGUAUGAAAAGUGCCAUAUAAAUGAAAUAAAGUUGAAGUUAAAAUAGUAACUUAUCAGAAGACAUUUUGACUAUAAUUAUUAGGUAUUUGAGUUAUUGUUGCUUAGACUUUGCUUUCCUUAAAGUAACCUCCUCCGGCUUUAACAACAGCUUGACAUAUACCAGGCAUUCGUUCCACAAGUUUUUUAAGGUAUGUUCCAGGGAUUGCAUUCCAAGCUUUCUUAAGUUCAUUAAAAAAAGACUGCUGAUUUGUGGGACGCGUUUUUCUGACCAAUCGAUCCAAUUCAUCCCACACAAGCUCAAUUGAGAAAGGUCUGGAGACUGAGGGGGCCAAACCACCUUUUGAAGAAUACCUUCCUCUUCUUUUUUGUCUAGGUAACCCUGACAGAGCUUGGCAGAGUGCUUAGGGUCAUUGUCUUGCUGCAAAACAAACAAGUCUGAGUCCAGAUGGAACAGCAUGGUGCUGGAGGAUGGAGUGGUAAUGUUCCUUCUCGAUGAUGCCCUUUACUUCAAACAAAGCUCCUACUGCAUCACCUGCAAAACAUCCCCAUACCAUGGAACUACCACCUCUAUGCUGAAUUGUGGGUGUAACACAUGGUGCUUUCAGACGUUCACCAGUUUGUCUGCGGACGUAGACUCUGCCUUUUGAAUGAAACAGUGCAAACUUGUUUCUAGUCAUCAUAAGUCCAAUUUUUGUGAGCUUUUGCCCACUCAUAUCUCUUUUUAUUGUUCUGUGGAUGAAGUAGUGUUUUUUGCAGAUACACAACCCUUCAGACCAGCCUUUCUCAAAUGUCAUUUCACGGUUCUCAGAGAUAUGGGUUUCGACCUUGUCAUGUUGAUUUCCUCCCUUAUUUUUGGUGCUGUCUUUUGCCGAUCUCUCUUACUGGUGACAAUGCUAUGUUUAUCCUCUGCUUUUGUAGUAACUCUCUUUUGUUCAGGUCUUUUUCUAUCAUCAUAACUUCCAGGUUCCUCUAGUCUCCUCAGAGUGUAGUGGACUCCUUUGUUAAACACCUUAAGGCGUUUUGCAAUUUCUCUUUCUAUGUAUCCUUCUUUCCUCAAUGUACAAAUAUUUACUUUUGUUUCUUUACUCAGCUGCUUUUUUCUAGCCAUGUUUGCGGUAGUUUAAACGCAGUUGAUAUUUAUUAGGAUUUUUGUAGACAGACUCUCAAAAGCCAAAAAGUUGAAGUGAAUAAUCCAACUGUGAUUUGUUUUUUUUUUUUUGCUUUUGCACUGAAGUUGUGACUCUUGCAAAUGUUUUCAACCCUAAAACUAAGGCCUUAUUUUCUUUUGCUGACAUAUAUUUAGCAAUGGUCUGUUAACAUCAAUGUAUAUCUAAAGGUAAAUGAAGUAAAAUGGUGCAUUUCCAUGAAAGCAACGUCUGAUCAUGGAGUAAAUACAUCCUAAAAUACAUAAAACUCAUGCUGGAUUUUAAAAAAAGCAUUGUGAACAAAAACUUGAAGUUACUACCAACUGUUCGGCCUGUAAUGUCCUUGCUUCCAAACUUUUGGCGUGUAGUGUACAUUUCAGAAAUUAGCAUACAUUCCUAUAACGCACUUCAAAAAAGUUUUAGAGAAAGUCUAACCUGAGCAUCAUCACUCUAAUUGUUUCUUGAUUAAAUGAUAAAGUAAAAAAAUCUGACUAUUGCUCAGAAAAUUGAAAACAUUAUGAGUACGAAGCCUGGAGGAGAGAGGAUCCUGAAUGAAUAUGCCCGGGCAAAAAGCCUAACUGAUUCCAGAAGACGUGAUCUGGUCAAGAUAUUGGUUGCACAUAUGACAAGUGAACAUGGGUAUGUUUGCAAACCUAUGUGUAAAAAUCUUUUUUUUGUCUCUGUUGUAAAACAUCCAUCCUUUUGCAGGUUUCAGAUGCAUGUAAUACUAAAAUUUGAUCUUAAGGGAUGUCUAUGUAUCUGUGUGUGCAUGUGUAGGACGAGUCCUUCGAGGACAAACAGGAAUAUGCAAGGGGCAUCACUGCCUUGUUUCCAUACUUGGCUGAUCCUAGGGGCAGGUUUGGCUAUGUAAGUUAAUCAAAACUAAGUUUUAUCAUUUUCUCGUUCACCUCUCUGUUCUCUGGGGCUCCUAAACUGUAAAAAGUAAAAAUACUCUGCUUGUAUUGGGUGGUUCAGUCCAACUUAAUUUUUUUGUUUGUUUGUUUGUUUUUUGCCCACCUUCGUUUUCAUAAAAAAGCUAAAUGUUAGUAAAACUCUUCUCCUUUAUUGAGCAGAUCUUUCUGUGGAUAUGUAUAUUAUAAAGGAAAAGUUUAAAAAUAUAUUUAUCCUGCUCAACCAAACUGAAUGUCUUUUUACUGUAGGAGCAUUUUUACAAUGCAGGAGAUGGGAGUGGGUAUCUGGCACAGAGACUGAAAUCUCUCCAAAAGGAAGCAUCAGAGGGACAAAAGAGGACUGGCCGACAGUUGCUCACACAGACAGGUAUGCUCAUUUUAAUUGUACGUUGACUGAAAGUGUAGUUCAUGGUUUAUGAUUGAAGAAUGAUUAUAUGAGGGGCUUGUAGGGGUGCAAGAAAAUAUUCAAAGCACUUAAAUAUGGGUCAGAUCAGUGCUUUAUUUUGUCAGUAAAGUGUCUACACUGUUACAGGUGGUCCAGAAGGUGAUCGAGAACCCUUUCUGGAGGAGAACUGGCUAAGCACAGACUCCCUGUGUUCAGAGGCUUUUAGAGGCGGAUGA